AUUUUCUCGCGCUGCUUGGGCGCAGUCGGUGCCGGAAUAACAAACCUUGUAUGGAUUACAGGUCGAGCCUAUAGGAGAAUAUAGAGAGAUACCACCGCGCCACCGUCCAAGUCUAUAGUCGAUGACAUCAGGACAGUCUGGGGAGGACGAAUUGUCAGCGGUCAUGGCGAGUGCAGGAGAUCCCGGCGCUGCGACUUCCAUGUCAGGCCAAAAAAUGUCGCAGAUCCUAAGGCAAAGGGCCCAGGAGUUCUUGAGCUCGCGCAAGCACGCCAACAAUCUCGUGGACAUCAUCGGGAUGUGGGAGAGCUACACACUCGCCUGUAUCCUCACUAUAGAAACAAUUUUUGGUGAAGUUCUCAAGCGCGGAGACAUGUACGUUGAGCGUACGAUAUCGUUGACAAUUUCAGAGCCCACCGCUGAAAUGAGCUAUACUAAUUGGUUGCGGAAUUGUUACGAAGAAAUUUGGGUAAAAAUAUUGAAUUCUAUCGAAGAUUCUCGUAAUGCCAUACAGAUGCAAGCGUUAACAACUGCCAUUAAAUUAAUGGCAGCGGAAGGAAAAUCGCCACUGGAGCCAGUCGAGAACGUAGAAUAUUAUUUCCCAUUGCAUCGAUUAAAGCCAAUCAUAAUGAAACUCUUGUCGCCAGAAAAAGAAAAUUUUACUCUAAUUGCAAGAUUUCAAGAAAUAUCAAAUUACUCCGAUGCCCUCUAUUUUACAUGGAAGUGUCUUCCGUCGCUUACUCCAAAAAGACAACCACAAAAUGUAUAUAUUAGGAAUUUAUUAGAAUUUGUACACAAGUUGCCACUGCCUCAAGAUAACAACAGUCAAAAUGGAACAAACGGUAGUCAGGAGCUGCUCUGUGGGCCACAGCAAGUUGCCGGAGGAUUUAAAUAUGAUUAUAGUAGCGCUAGAAAAGCUUUAAAUAAAGUUUGGUCGUGUAUAAUGCAUUGGGAACUAACACCGCAACUGCAUAAGCAAUUGCUUGUUGUACUCUUAGAAAGAGUAAUGCCACACUUGGAAAAGCCAGUAUUAAUGACAGAUUUUUUAAUGGACUCUCUCGACAUUGAUGGUCCAAUAGGAUUACUUGCAUUACAAGGAGUUUUUGUAUUAGUCACUAAACAUAAUUUAGAUUAUCCAAAUAUUUUUACAAAAUUAUAUUCAAUGUUUGAGCCAGAAAUACUUCACACGAAAUACAAGGCACGGCUAUUCUACCUCUCGGAUUUAUUCCUCAGUUCAACGCAUUUGCCGGAAGCACUGGUAGCUGCAUUCGCGAAACGACUCUCCCGCCUAACUUUGGUCGCUCCACCCGAGGACAUCCUCAUAAUCCUGCUGUUCAUCGGCAACCUGCUGCUGCGGCAUCCCGGACUCAAGCGGCUUAUCGACCACCCCCAGGGCAACGAGGAGGAACUGGGAACCAACGAUCCGUUCCUCAUGGAAGAGCGCGACCCCCUUCAGAGCAAUGCCCUGCUCAGCAGCCUUUGGGAGAUCAAGGGCCUCCAGUACCACAUACUGCCGAGUAUCGCGACCGCGGCGAGGUUCAUACGCGAGCCCUUGCCCUCGAUCGAGUACGAUAUGGCCUCGGCCCUCGAGCGCACCGGCGGACACAUCUUUGACAACGAGCUCAAGAACAAGGUCAAGGACAUAAUGCUGACGUUCGAGAGGCCGAGCUCGAUGGCCCUUCCCAAGGGCGAGCGUAUACUUCAAUACUGGCAGCUCACAACUAUGCAUUAAUUCGCUGUCGACGA